AUGGUCAUGGCUGACAGUGGUCCAAAGCCGCAGAUUCGGGGUCCGGUCCGAGUGGGCUUCUAUGACAUUGAGCGCACUUUAGGAAAGGGGAAUUUCGCUGUGGUCAAGCUGGCCAGACACCGCAUUACCAAGACAGAGGUCGCCAUUAAGAUCAUUGACAAGACCCAGUUGGAUGCUGUGAACCUGGAGAAAAUCUACAGAGAGGUACAGAUUAUGAAGAUGCUGGACCAUCCACACAUCAUCAAGCUGUAUCAAGUGAUGGAGACCAAAAAUAUGCUCUAUUUGGUGACAGAAUAUGCCAAGAAUGGGGAAAUCUUUGACUACUUGGCAAAGCAAGGCCGUCUCAGUGAGUCCGACGCCAGGAGGAAGUUUUGGCAGAUCCUUUCAGCUGUGGAAUAUUGCCACAAUCGCAACAUCGUCCACCGCGACCUGAAGGCGGAGAAUCUGCUUCUCGAUGGACACAUGAACAUCAAAAUAGCAGAUUUUGGGUUUGGGAACUUCUUCCAGCCAGGCGAGCCACUGACCACAUGGUGCGGCAGUCCUCCGUACGCUGCUCCGGAGGUGUUUGAAGGUCUGCAGUAUGAGGGCCCACAGCUCGACAUCUGGAGCAUGGGGGUAGUGCUAUAUGUCCUGGUUUGUGGUGCCUUGCCUUUUGAUGGACCAACUCUGCCUGUUCUUCGACAACGAGUCCUUGAAGGGAGGUUUCGAAUCCCCUACUUCAUGACAGAAGGACUCUAG